CUUGCAUGUGAGAUGCUUGCUCUGUGCAUGAAUGAGAUCUGAGGGCCAUCCAAGUUUGACAUUGAUGUUCUUUGCAAUGUCAUACUGUGUGUUUCCUCCUUGUCUUCCUUCCCCUCCUGGUGUGUUGUUUAUGGUGUGGGUUUAGGUUGGAGGCUUUGUUGUACGUCUUGUUUGUUGUUGCAUGUUUGGGAUGCUGUUGGUAUUUGUCCCUGCAUGUGUGGGGGCUGGUUUCCCGGAGGGGUGAACCAUAAGCCUGAAUGCAGCGCUGCCUGGAGCUUCCGUGCUUUGGUGUUCGCAUGGAGGUCCGGGUAGAAGUUUGGUGUCGUUUCUCCAUCUCUGCUGCGGCAGGUUCCACCCAGCACUUAAAUUACAACUCAAUGGAAGCCGGAAGGAGCGCCAGAGCUACAGUCACAACUCAACAGUAGAAGCUGGGUGAACACCACAUCGCUAAAUAUCAGCCGCUCCGGGCAUUCUUUAUAGCUUACAAAAAUGGAGGAAGUUGAAAAAUUCAGGGACUGUCUCCUUGGUAACUUCAGUACCCUGGGAGUAUCAGCCAUAGCCCUGCUUCUGAUAUCUCUGGAGAGUUUUAUGGAAGAGGAAUUCACCUGUCCUACGAAUCAAGAUCUUAGCAUCUCGUACAGUGUGAUAUUUUUCCUCAUGCCCGCACUGGUCCUGGGGAUAAUGGGAUAUAAGCUUUCAGGGUACAUUAGGUGUAGAGUAUCGUGCAGAUGUGUCUUGAAGACCUUCUACGGACCCCUGCUCUGGAUCUCCAUCUUACUUACAGACGGACGUUAUGUUGACUGCUUUGUGACAUCAGAAUCAAGAGAUCCAGAUGUGAGGCAAAUAAGUCAGAUAUUCGGGAUCAUUCUCAUAUCGCUGCUGCUCAUCCUGUCAUUCGCCGUGAAGGAACUUUGUUGCUGCCGUCACAUCUCAGCGUUAUACUUUCGUGAGAAGUAUGAAGAGAAACUGCUGGAGGAACUGGAGGAAGGUCUGAGAUCCAAAGCAAAGAAAAAGCAAACCGAAAUUGCAGAAGACUUGGUCGUAAUGGUCACAGAUAAAUCCUUUACGCCGCAACAAGCUAAUUGGCUUAAAAAUCUGGAAAACCUGAUAUGCACAGAAAAGAAUAAAAUAAGGGAAAGAUUUAAAGAAGGUACAAUAAUCAGUGAGGAGCAACGCAGACAUGCAGCCGCUCUAAGGGAUCUUUUACAUGGGCAGAGUAGUGCCAGUAACAAGAGGCGAUCAUCAAUAUAAAAAGUCUAUGAGGACUGCAAGAGAGACAAAUGGUACGAUUGUUCAUUCCCAUAAAGCUUUUCUAUCAUUGGCAGCAAAUCCACUGAUAAAAACAUCUCAUCUGUUGGUUACUGCGUUGUGAAUCGUACGGCCAUACAUCGUGUCACUAUUGCAUAGUCAAGUCACAUGGUUAUGGCCAGCAGCUAAUAUCCACAGUACCCCCCGUGUGCAACAUGAACCAGCAGCUAGAUGGGCCCGGAGUGACUUAGUAAGGUCCUGGUCGGUUGUCACAGGAAUCUGGAGCCAUGCCGACUGCGGUGCAUCCCACAGCUGUGGCGGGUGUGUGUGAGGGAGGAUCCAUAGAGAGAAUACGACCACAGGUAGUCCCACAGAUGCUCAAUUGGGUUCAAGUCUGAAGAAUUAGCAGGGCCAAGGUAGUACUUAGUAGUCUUGGUCAUGGUCUUCUAACUAAUUUCGGGCAUGUUUCUCUCCUGACACACCAAUGUCCAUUCAUCCCAUAAAGCAGAAAACUUGUCUCAUCAGCGAAGACAACGCUUUGCCAAUCAGUGAAGGUACUUUUCUGUUACUGCUGUGAAAACCGAAGCCUUUUCUGCUGAUGCAGAUCCGUUAUCAUAGGUGCAGGGACCAUCCACCUGCUUCGGAGCCCCAUACGCAGUAGAGUUCGCUGAACUGUUGUUUUAGAAACGUCUGGUAACAUAGUUCAUUUUGGUGGUGAGUAGCAUGCGAACAGUUCCCAAACUGCAAAUUUACAGAAAUACUGCCA